AAGUCCAUGCCCCGACGAAGGCAAAAGGGGUGCAACUCAAUAUAGGAAGGUGUUCCUAAUGUUUGGUACACUUGGUGUACAUAAAAUGUUUCUCAUUACCAUAUGAAUGGUUGCAGCAAAUUAUGUGAGCCAGAGUAGUACACUGGAUGGUGCUAUUGGACUACUGAUAUGAUGAACUCUGUGUUAGGGAAACUGAUUGGUAGUAGAAGAAUUGUGUGCGUGUGUGCAUACUGGCUGUCCCCGGAGUGUUGUGAGUGUCUGGUGAUGAGCGGAGCCACGCUGGUCAUCUUCGGCGCUCAUCUGCAGCUACAAAUGGAUCAUCCCCUGCAUGGGGUUCAUUACCUGUGCCAUCCAGGUCCUCCUCAACCUCUCCAAGAGUGUCCCCCUCCACCAGUAUGACAAGACAAUCAAGGCGGUGUGUGAUGUAGAGAACUCUGUGGACAUGCUGCUGGAUCUGCUGCAGAUCUACAGGGAGAAGGCAGGAGACAAGGUGCCUGACAAGGGAAGCAGCAUCUUCACUAAGGCCUGCUUUCUCCUGGUCAUCCUGCUGCAGAACUAGAACAGGGCUCUGGUAUGGCACUACUACUACAACAACCACAACAUCAUGAUCAGUAUAAUUACUUUAUUUUAAAAAGUAU